UGUUUUGCAGAAUCCGUCUGAAAAUAUGCUGCCACAAAUAGCCUUUCUGCUGCUAACAUCCUUGACCUCAGUCCAUGGAGUGUUUUAUGCCGAGCGAUACCAAACUCCCACAGGCAUAAAGGGCCCACUUGCCAACCACAAGACACAGUUCUUCAUCCCAUACUCCAUAAAGAGUAAAGGAAUCCCAGUAAGAGGAGAGCAAGGCAUUCCUGGUCCACCAGGCCCACCUGGACCCCGAGGACACCCAGGUCCCUCAGGACCUCCAGGAAAGCCAGGCUAUGGAAGCCCUGGGCUCCAAGGAGAGCCAGGGUUGCCAGGACCACCAGGAAUAUCAACCACUGGGAAGCCAGGCCUGCCAGGCCUGCCAGGCAAACCAGGGGAGAGAGGACCAUAUGGACACAAAGGAGACAUUGGACCAGCUGGCUUACCAGGACCUCGGGGCCCUCCAGGACCACCCGGAAUCCCUGGCCCAGCUGGGAUCUCUGUGUCGGGAAAACCUGGACAGCAGGGACUUACAGGGGCCCCAGGACCCAGGGGCUUUCCUGGAGAAAAGGGGACACCAGGAGCCCCUGGUGCGAAUGGACAGAAAGGGGAAACAGGAUAUGGUGCUCCUGGCCGUCCAGGUGAGAGGGGUCUUCCAGGCCCUCAGGGUCCCACAGGACCCCCUGGCCCUCCUGGGGUGGGAAGAAGAGGAGAGAAUGGUUUUCCAGGGCAGCCGGGAACCAAAGGUGACCGGGGCUUCCCAGGUGAAAGGGGACCGUCAGGUCCACCGGGUCCCCAAGGGCCUCCUGGGAAACAAGGACGAGAAGGUGUUGGGAAGCCAGGAGCCACUGGAGCCCCAGGUCAGCCGGGCAUCCCAGGAGAAAAAGGCCACCCAGGAGCUCCAGGAAUAGCUGGGCCUCCAGGAGCUCCUGGCUUUGGAAAACCAGGCUUGCCAGGUUUGAGGGGACAAAGGGGACCUGCUGGUCUUCCUGGGGCCCCAGGUGCCAAAGGUGAACAAGGGCCAGCGGGUCAUCCUGGGGAGGCAGGUCUGACUGGACCCCCUGGGAAUAUGGGACCCCAAGGACCUAAAGGAAUCCCAGGGAACCAUGGUAUCCCAGGUGCUAAAGGAGAGGCAGGUCCAGCUGGGCCUGUAGGGUCACCUGGGGCUAGAGGAGCAAGGGGUCCCCCUGGGUUAGAUGGAAAAACAGGGUACCCUGGGGAGCCAGGUCUCAAUGGUGCUAAGGGUAACCCAGGGUUACCAGGUCCCAAAGGUGAUCCUGGAGUGAGAGGACCCCCUGGUCUCCAAGGUCCUGUUGGCCCUGCAGGAGCUAAGGGACUGCCUGGACACAAUGGUGAGGCAGGUCCCAGAGGUGAACCUGGAAUUCCAGGUGGCAGAGGUCCCAUUGGGCCACCAGGUACCCCAGGAUUCCCUGGAUCUAAGGGGGUCCCUGGAAACCCAGGUCCUCCUGGCCCAGCUGGCAUAGCAACUAAAGGCCUCAGUGGACCCACUGGUCCUCCCGGCCCUCCUGGACCAAGAGGACACAGUGGAGAGCCUGGUCUCCCAGGUCCCCCGGGGCCCCCAGGCCCCCCCGGCCAAGGAGUCAUGCCCGAUGGUUUCACAAAGGCAGGCCAAAGGCCCAGGCUCCCUGGGACGCCGCUGGUCAGCGCUAACCAUGGAGUAACAGGGAUGCCUGUGUCUGCUUUUACUGCCAUCCUUUCCAAAGCUUACCCAGCAGUGGGUGCCCCCAUCCCAUUUGAUGAGAUCUUGUCUAACAGGCAGCAGCAUUAUGACCCAAGGACUGGAAUCUUUACCUGUAAGAUCCCCGGGGUAUACUAUUUCUCCUAUCACGUGCACGUGAAGGGGACGCACGUGUGGGUAGGCCUGUAUAAGAACGGCACCCCCACAAUGUACACAUAUGAUGAGUACAGCAAAGGCUACCUAGAUCAGGCUUCAGGGAGCGCAGUCAUGGAGCUCACAGAAAACGACCAGGUGUGGCUCCAGCUACCCAAUGCAGAGUCAAAUGGUCUCUACUCCUCUGAAUACGUCCACUCCUCCUUCUCAGGAUUCCUAGUGGCUCCCAUGUGAGCACUUAAUACCAAGCUCAUAUAAAUCCUCUGCUUGGAAAGGCUUUCCCCCCAGCGCCAUUACGUCCACCCUGGAGAUGCAUAUGGAGGUAGGCUAAAAAGUAAUGUGAACAAUUGAAAUUUUCUAAAAUGCACUCCGAGACCGAGUUUCCUCCUGGAAAAGUGAGCAGCAAUGGUGACUAUGUGAGGACUCUCCUGAGCACUCAGCAACCCCAAAGCCCAUGUGGGUUUCUGUGAAUUCCCCUUUUACAUAAUUUUUACCAUAAGUUAAAAAAAAAAAACGAAAACCUCACAAAAACAGAAAUAAGGUUCCAACUCACCAUAAAUUUCAUUUCAGAAAUGCAACAUUUUUUAAAAGCCUGUUUUUAAUAAUUAAUAUGAGAACUUCUAAGAAACAUGCAGGAAGUAUCACAUAAUUUUAUAUUAUUUGAAUACUUGAAUAUUCAAAUUUAAAUGACACUGUAUACCCUAGGAUAUUUCUGAUGGUGCAUCACUCUAAGGCUCAUAUAGCCUCUUUCAUCAAGAUAAAUCCAAAUGCACAGGUGCAUGCACACUUUUUGAAGCUUGCAUAAGAAACCAAACUAACGUAUUAACAAGAAUUUGAACUACAUGGUGCUUUGCCACAAGUUUUUCGAGCUUUUCUGCAAUUGUGGAAAGUCCACAUACCUGGUGCAACUUGGAAACAGAUGUCUGACCUAGUCUGCUGUCUGCCACACAGUGUGAUCACUCUGAUUUAAUUCGGCUGCAUCUCUGUAAAAUGAUUUUAGGGCCUUACAGAACAUUAGCAUGGGAUGCUUUCCAUUCCAGUGAAAGCAUAAUUAACAUUGAAGGUUUCAAAAUCAGACUAGAAAUGAAAAGACAUUAUUUAUUUAUGCUCUGUACUGUAUUUUUAUAUUACUGUUUAAAACUGUUGAGCUGUACCUCACUUAUUCAAGCACGGAGUACUCAAUCUACUUGUUAUUAUAAAGCAAUAAAAUGUCAUGAAUAGAUCUU